CGGCCCUGAGGAGCCCAGGCGGCUGCGGAGCGGCGACGCGGCACCAUGGGCCGGCUACUGAGGGCCCCGGGGCAGACGCCGCUGCUGUCGCUGCCGCUGCCGCUGCCGCUGAUGCUGAUGCUGCUGCUGGCCGGAGGAGCGUCCCUGGUCACGUGUGCAGCCGGGUCCGAGGAGCCUGGCCCGGAGGGCCUCACCUCCACCUCCCUGCUGGACCUCCUGCUGCCCACUGGCCUGGAGCCGCUGGACUCGGAGGAGCCCAGCGAGGCCAUGGGACUGGGGGCUGGCCUGGGAGCCCCUGGCUCUGGCUUCGCCAGUGAAGAGAGCGAAGAGUCCCGCAUCCUGCAGCCGCCGCAGUACUUCUGGGAAGAGGAGGAGGUGCUGAACGACUCUAGUCUGGACCUGGGACCCACUGCAGACUGUGGCCCGAUUUCUGUUCCCAUCAGCAGCAGGUGGAGUGCCUGUUCCCGCGCUCACCCGGUACCGAGUAUGGUCCUUAAAUGCACUCCUAUGUUGUCAGGGAGGAAUCAGUUCAUUACCGUUUCAGCUGAGGCCGAAGGUCACAUGAGAGGAUGGCCACCCUGGAAGGCAGAAAUAACGUCCAGUGCAACCUUGACAAAAAGGGAAAAUGACCUACAAAACUGGGAUUACAGUUUUCCAGACCUGACUGAGAAGGCUGGUCCCAUAGAGGAUACUGGCCAGAGUCAAGAGGGGGCGAGCCUCCCGUCUCCCCUGCCCAAGAUGAGCCUGGUGGAGCCACCCUGGCAUGUGGUCCCCGGAGAGGAGGAAGAGGAGGAGCAGCUGCUGCCUGUGACCAGGUCCCAAGAAGAAUCCCAAAGUCAGGUCCACGGCUUUCCUCCCACCGGCAACAGCCAGACCCCAGGGGCCCCCGAACACCGGCACGAAGAGUCUGGGGACCAGGCCUCCUCGGGUGUGGAGGUGGGGAGCAACAUGGAGCCGAGCCUUUCCCCGCCCACAGUCACCCCAAGUCCAGUGACCCCGGGGGGUCAGGAUGUGGCCGACUGGGGGGCAGGGGGCACGGCGCUGCCAGCCGCAGGGCACGGGCUAGAGUUGGAGGCCCCUCGGGAGCCCAGUGAGGAGGCCACUGCGGGAACAGCUGGCUUUGCCGGCCGGCCGGGGGAGGGACCGUCCCCGGCCUCGUUCCCUCAGACAGAAGCUCCCAGCGGGGCUGAGGCCUCAGACGAAGACCCCACGCACCCUGGAGCCUCAGCCUCUUUCUCACUGGCCCCUGGAGACAUGGAGCUGACACCUUCCUCUGCUGCCGUGGGACGAGAAACCCUCAGCCAGCUGCCCCAGGAAGGGCAGACUGCCGACGCUCCGUCUAGAAGACCCUGGGAGUCCACGCAGGUGAUCUGCAAAGACUGGAGCAACCUAGCCGGAAAGAACUACAUCAUCCUGACCAUGGCGGAGAACGUGGACUGUGAGGUGUUCCGGCGGCACCGGGGGCUGCAGCUCCUGGCCCUGGUGGAGGGGGUGCUGCCCCGCCACGGCAGCGGCCGCCACGGGGACUGGCACAUCUCCCUGAGCAAGCCCAGCGAGAAGGAGCAGCGCCUGCUGAUGGCCUUGGUGGGCGAGCAGGGGGUGGUGCCCACUCAAGACGUCCUCUCCAUGCUGGGCGACAUCCGCAGGAGCCUGCUGGAGAUUGGCAUCCAGAACUACUCCACCACCAGCAGCUGCCAGGCCCGGGCCAGCCAGGUACGCAGCGACUACGGGACGCUCUUUGUGGUGCUGGUGGUCAUCGGUGCCAUCUGCGUCGUCAUCAUCGUGCUCGGCCUGCUCUAUAACUGCUGGCAGCGCCGGCUGCCCAAGCUGAAACACGUGUCGCACGGCGAGGAGCUGCGCUUCGUGGAGAACGGCUGCCACGACAACCCCACGCUGGACGUGGCCAGCGACAGCCAGUCGGAGAUGCAGGAGAAGCAGCCCAGCCUGAACGGCGGCGGCGCCGUCAACGGCCCGGGGGGCUGGAGCGCGCUCAUGGGGGGCAAGCGCGACCCCGAGGACUCGGACGUAUUCGAGGAGGACACGCACCUGUGAGGGGCUGUGCCCCGCCCGGCCCUCGGCGCGGGGUCCCUGCUUUCCCCCGACUCACGGCGCACCCCGGCCCCGUCCCCGUCCCCACCCGACGCCCCGAGGGGCUGCCCCGGGACCCCAUUAAAGCCGCCCGGAGAGCACGCCGGGCCCCGCGCA